AUGGACAUGGCACACUAUCAGCUCUACGCCUUCGUCAGCCAUUUGGGUAGCAAUAUCGAUUCCGGACAUUAUAUUUGCUUCGCAGAGAGCCCGCAUGGUCAAUGGGCUAGUUUCAAUGAUGAUGCGGUGUCGGCAAAGACAGUUUCAGACCUCAAGUCUUCAGAUGAAAUCCGCAAGGAUGUUUACUUACUGGCCUAUCGCCGGACAGAGCCACUGCCUGAACAAUGGGCAUCGCCAGCAGCUACAAGACAUGUAGACAAAGACUCACCCGCUACGCGGCCUUCCAGUGGCGUCACGUUGGACGAAACGAUCAAAUUCGAGGGAAGAACCGUCCAAUGGACCUUCAAGCAACAACUGACCCCUCCUGCUGAGUGUGAAUCCCUGGUACAGUUGAGGUCGGCUAAAGCCAGAGUUCAGCAGGCACAGGUGAAGAUUAAGCUCACGUCUACAACAGGCGAAGUCCUUGAAGGCCAAGGGACAAUCCCCCUGCGGCCAGACAUCAUUCCCGCGCAGCCGGUAAGUAAGACAAACAGGACAGCCAAACCUCGGGGUGUCAUUAAGAAAAAAUUGCCCAAGCCUAAGGUCUCCCUAGGCUCUCCUCCUUUCACGCGAUCUGCAGCGAAGCGUAAUCAGCAAAAACGCGGAGUGGCUGGUUGA